AUGUAUCAUCCAAAUAUUUGUGAGUCUCUGCAUCAAGAUGAAGAAGAUUUCUCUGAGAUUAAAGCUCCUCCUUUAUUUAUUUGUUAUGAUGUUUAAAAUAAAUUACCAAUAUCACUAGAAUCGGUAAAUUAUUUUGUAAAUGUCUAACCUGGCUUAGCGAUAGUUGAAAUAUAAUAAGUUUAUAACACAUAGCAUUAUGAAGUUCCAAUUGAAUUAGAAUAUAUGUUUACUAUCGAGAAGGACUCAGCAGUGAGUAAAAUGAUAGUUGAAUUAGAUAAUUUAAAAAUUUUAGGUAUAGUUAAAGAACUAGAGGAAGCAAAAAAAGAGUAUUAAGAAGGCAUACAGGAUGGAAAAACUAUGGUCAUAAGCUAAUAGGAUAAAUAAAUAACAGAUUUAAAAAAAGUUAAGAUUGGGUGUUUAGCUCCUGGAAAAUCUUUAAAAAUUACUUUUGAAUAUAUUUAACCUGUAAAAGUGUAUUUAAAUUAAUUUUGGAAACUAGAAUUAUCUCCAAUUGUGGAUUCCAGCUAUCUUACAGCUCAUUAAUUAAAAAAUUAAUCAGCCAAUUAUCCUUAAUUAUAUAAAUAAAUAUAAUAAAGUGUGGAUUUUCAAGGUCUCUAAUAAAACUAUCGAUAAAAUAUUAGAAUAUAAAUUAAUUUAUAGAAACCAAUAACAUUUGUAUAAUCUCCAACCCAUAAAAUAUUAAUUAAUAAUGAAGAUCAUUAAAUUGCGAAAGAAAACUUAACAAGAAGUUAAGUAAUCAUACUUGAUAAUAAAUGUGAAGAAAACUUUUCUCCAAAUAAAAAAUUUGAACUGUUAUUUUCUUCUGAUGAUAUCAAUUAACCUCAUUCAUUUCUUACUCAUACUAAUAAUGAUGCUUUACAACAUAUUAAAUAUUGUGCCACUUUAACAUUGAUUCCAAAAUUUAAUGAAGUAUCUUUAGAUGAUGCUUAUUCAUCUUACAUAAACGGAUUAAAUUUAUCUUCAGAAACAAAAGCAAAUAGAGGAAAUUAUUAUUUUUUUAUAGAUAGAAGUGGUUCGAUGGAUGGGUAAAGAAUAAAUAAAGCAAAACAAUCUUUGGUUUUAUUCUUAAAAAGUUUACCAGAAGAUUGUUUAUUUAAUGUGAUUUCUUUUGGGAGCUAAUCAUAAAGAAUGUUUGAAAAACCAGAAUAUUAUAAUCAAUAAUCACUAAAUUAGGCAAUCUAAUUAGUAAAUAUUAUGGAUGCAGAUUUAGGAGGAACUGACAUAUUUGAAGCUUUAAAGAAUGGCAUCUAUAAUGAUGAAGAUAUUAAAAGUCCUUAAGAAACAUUUAAUGCUUUUCUGUUGACUGAUGGAGAAGAUUCUCCAGAAAGAAUUUUAAAUUUGGUUUAAAAUUAAACAAAAACUAAUUUUAGGAUUUACACAUUAGGUAUUGGUGAUGGAUGCAGUUAAUAUUUAUUAAAAAGAAUUGCUGAAA